UCGACGCGACACCGGUGAAGUGGAAGCUGACUGGAGUUUCCUGAAGUUGGACUGAGACUUUCAACUUGUCCUCUGUGCUCCGGGUCUCUUCAUGUAGCAUCAAUGCCGGCACUCGGGCUCACUCGUCGGGCUUUCUUCGGCCUCUGUGUCCGCCUUCGUUGCUAGGCGAUGGACAGGCAGCAGAUCCAGGUGAGCGACGAAGAGCCAAUAGACCUGCGAGAAGACAUCCCGAGGAGGAGGAGAAAGAAGGCCAUCUCGUCAUCCUCCACUGCCUCCAUGGACCAGAUCUCCAUCGAGUUCGUCCUGCCCACGGUGGCGUGGGGCGGAGUCAGCCCUGACGUUCUGCAGCUGGAGGUCGCUGGGAACUGGACAGUGGAACAGGUGAAAGCUCAGGUUUGGCUGAAGGCGGUGACUUCAAACAUCAGUCCUGACUUCUACGAGCGGUUUUCUCCCGACCACUGCAUCCUGCUCUACCAGAAGAAAGGCAACGUGUGCGAGAUCUACGACAAGCACCAGGUUUUCCAGACACUCGACUGCAUCCGCUACUGGAAAGCCCUGAAGAAAGACGUGGGGCGGAUCCAGCUGGUUCCCCGUCCCCAGCCCUCGGAUGAGGCCAUGCGGUACCAGCGCUACCUAAACUACCUGAUUGCCUACGACGUGACUGAUGUCAGCAACGUACACGACGACGAGCUGGAGUUCACCCGCAGGAAGCUGCUAACGCCGCGCCGCAUCGAGUUGUCCAACCGCGACCCGCAGCUCUACUCUAUGGAUCCCUGGGUGACCCGCAAACCACUGCCCGAGCAUCUGUUCAGCAAACUCAGUAACAGUCAGGUCCUGGUGGUGAUCCACAUCACCUCAGCCAGCCAGACCAUCAAGGUCUCCAUCGACGACACACCGCCACAGGUGUUGUCAAGUUUUUUCGUCAAGUUGGCAAAUAAAAGGCCUCUGCUGGGCAUCCCUGAAGAUGUGUGUGAAGCAGACUACGUGCUACGUGUGUGUGGCAGGGAGGAGUAUCUGUACGGGGAUAAACCACUGCAGAGCUUCAACUGGAUCCGUCAGUGCCUGAAGAAUGGCGAAGAGAUCCACCUGGUUCUGGAGAGGCAGCCUGAUCCUGAUCUUGAUCUGGUCCACAAGGAGGACUGGGCCCAGGUGGAUGACUGCACCGGUGUCGCAGGUACCCAUGAGCAGCUGACCAUCGAUGAGAAGGACCAUGAGCGAGUGUUCACCAUCUCUAUGUGGGACUGUAACAGGAAGUUCAGAGUGAAGGUGCUGGGCAUCGACAUCCCAUCACUGCCCAAGAUCCCAGAGUUGAUUGUCUUCAUAGAGGCCAGCAUCUUCCACGGCCAGCAGCUUCUGGCUCAGGAGAGGACAUCCUCCAAAACCUUCAAUGAAGAAGUGCUGUGGAACUGCUGGCUGGAGUUCAACAUUAAAAUCAAAGACCUGCCUAAAGGGGCGCGCCUCAACCUCCAGGUGGUUUGUGGGAAACAACCUCAGACACCCAACUCCAAGGGAAGCUCGUACCAGGAAAAUGCAGGAGGAGGAGGAGGCAGCCAUGAUGCAAAGACCAAGAGUCGUCUCCUGUACUAUGUCAACCUGCUCCUCAUCGACCACCGCUCGCUGCUCCGCCAGGGCGAGUUCAUCCUCCACAUGUGGAAAAUGCCCGAGAAGAGCGAGGAUAGCAGCAGCGGCAGCAUCAACGCAGACAAGCUCACCUCGGCAACCAACCCGGACAAGGCCUCGUCCAUGGCCAUCGCCAUCUUACUGGACAAGUACUGCUACCCUGUGGUGCUGCCCAAGGGCCGGGACGUGAGCCGGGAUGCGGCCGCUGGGGGCGAGGAGGCCGGGGAGCGGGGUCUGAGGGAGAUGCCGAACCAUCUGAAGAAGCAGUUUGAGGCCAUUGUGGCGACCGACCCCCUGAAUCCGCUCAGUCCUGAGGACAAAGAGCUGCUCUGGCACUUCAGACACGAGUGUAUGCGCGACCCCAGGGCGUACCCUAAGCUGCUGAGCUCAGUCAGGUGGGGGAAGCAGGAGGAUGUGUUGGCGACACACCGUCUGUUGGAGCGCAGCAACGCUUGGGACAGCAGUGGUCUGGAUGUUGGCCUGGCCAUGCAGCUGCUCGACUGUCAUUACUCUGACGCCCAGGUUCGCUCCAUGGCCGUCAGGAAGCUGGAGACGCUGGAGGACGACGAUGUGCUCAGAUAUCUUCUGCAGCUUGUACAGGCGGUGAAGUUCGAGCCCUACCAUGACAGUGCCCUGGUGAGGUUCCUGCUGAAGAGAGCUCUGAGGAGUAAGCGCAUUGGUCAUUUUCUCUUCUGGUUCCUGCGCAGUGAGAUCGCUCAGUCCAUGCACUACCAGCAGAGAUAUGCUGUCCUGCUGGAGGCCUACCUCAGAGGCUGCGGGGAAGCCAUGCUGAGGGACUACAGGGAACAGGUGGAGAUGACGGAGGCUCUGCAGAAAGUCACCCGUGAGAUGAAGGCCAUGUGUGCUGAAAAAUAUGACGUCACUGCACAAGUGGUGUUUCAGUUGCGUCAGAAACUGGAGACUCUGCAGUCGUCUGGUCUGCCGGAAAGUUUCAGGGUCCCGUACGAUCCUGGACUGAGAGCUGGAGCCCUGUUGAUUGAGCAGUGCAAAGUGAUGGCGUCUAAGAAGAAGCCGCUGUGGCUGCAGUUCAAAAGGGCCGACCCCACCACUCUGUCCAAAGACCCCAUCGGCAUCAUCUUCAAAGACGGAGACGACCUCCGACAGGAUAUGCUCAUCCUGCAGAUUCUGCUGAUCAUGGAGUCAAUCUGGGAGACUGAAUCAUUGGAUCUCUGCCUGUUACCGUACGGCUGCAUCUCCACUGGAAACAGAAUAGGUAUGAUUGAGAUCGUAAAGGAUGCCACCACCAUUGCCAACAUCCAGCAGAGUGUCGUUGGGAGCACUGGUGCCUUUAAAGAUGAAAUCCUUAAUCAGUGGCUGCGGGACAAGUGUGUCAGUGAGGACAAGUUUCAGGAGGCUGUGGAGAAGUUUCUGUAUUCCUGUGGUGGCUACUGUGUGGCCACAUAUGUUCUUGGCAUUGGGGAUCGCCACAAUGACAACAUCAUGAUCACCGAAUCUGGGAAUCUCUUCCACAUCGACUUCGGUCACAUCCUGGGGAAUUAUAAGAGCUUCAUGGGAAUCAAUAAGGAGUGGGUUCCCUUCGUGCUCACACCAGACUUCCUGUACGUCAUGGGAACGUCAGGAAAGAAAAGUAGCCCCCACUUCCAGAAGUUCCAGGACGUGUGUGUGAAGGCUUACCUCGCCCUUCGGCAUCACACCGACCUGCUCAUCAUCCUCUUCUCCAUGAUGCUGAUGACUGGCAUGCCCCAGCUGACUAGCAAAGAGGACAUCGAGUACAUCCGAGAGGCAUUGACUGUCGGCCGCAACGAGGACGAAGCUCAACGCCACCUGCUGGACCAGAUAGAGAUUUGCAGGGAGAAGGGCUGGAUGGUUCAGAUCAACUGGUUUGUUCACCUGGUGCUGGGGAUCAAGCAGGGUGUGGACAAACGAUCCACUUAGUUCAAGUCGGGAAAGUUUUCAAGUUGUUCCCUUUUCAUAUUUCAAACCAGUUGUAACAAUCUGAACAAAUCACAACCAAAUCAUUCGAACUCUGAAAGAAGAAUUUCAAUUUAGAACCGAAACUACAUUAGUCUGACAUACUGAGCGGAAAAAUACAAAAACUGUAAGAGAUAGCAUCAGGAGGAUUUUGUCCUGUCAGAUGGCUCCCCCUUGUGACAAUGAGAUUACACACGUCCUCGCUACACAUCUCUUUCUGUUUUGUUACACGGUAGUCUUUCCCUUGAACGCCAAGCAAACUGUUCUUGUGUGCUUCGGAGGUUGGGUGUUUGUUGGGUGCUUCCAAGGUUUUUCUCUAUUGGUUCCUCCCAUGGUUGUGCCCCUCUUCCGCUCUGGGUGACCAAUCUCUGCUGGUUGAUGUUAAACGCAUCACUAAUAUAUAUAUACAUAUAUAUAUAUAUAUAUAUAUAUAUACAUAUAUAUCAGACAGUCACACGUAUUUAAAAGUCCUGUAAUCCAGCCUUAAAUCUAUUCACUGGUGAAGACAACCAGAGCAGAACAUAAAAACCACAGGAGAAAAAGUUCUCAUUGCAUUGCUUAGACCAAGUCCAACAUCCGCACCAAGCUCACACAAUAAUAUCUUUUAUUUUCUUUUGCUCAAAAUCUUCAAUCUUAAACCUGCUGCCCAAGUUUCCUUUAGUCCUGUUUCCAAAGUCUUGCCAUAUCUAUAAAAUGAGUGCGAAAUGUUUACUGAUGAAACACACUUCCCCCAAGUUUCCUUUUAAUACGUGAUAGAUGUUAAUUGAAUUGUCACUGAAGUCAUGCUGCUGUUAUCCCAGGGAGAACGGUCAGGACACUGUCACACAUAUGCAAAUGCAAAUGCAGAUGCCCUGUGCAGAUCUUGAAGGUAAUGGAAUAUUAAUGAAGUGUUUUUGGAUGAUAAUGUUUUUUCUUUUAAUUUAUACAUCAAUUCAUCUUUUUUAUUUGCACUGACCAUCAACAGGGAUUCUUUUAUGUACUUAAAAACUUGAUGCUAGUGACAUUUUGAUCCCCAAAAAACACAUUAACAGUCAAAUCUAAUAAUGUUAAUUUAUAACUAGUGUGGAAGACAGUAGAGUCAUGUUACAGUGGCCUGUGACAUCGAGCACGUGCUGGUCGGUGCUGAAGUCACUUCCAAUAGGAUUAUGGAAUAUACUGCUUAAACUUAAGCUGAAGUAAAACUUAAACCCUUCAAGCCUUCAGAGGUCUUUGUGUCAAAGCACAGCUGAGCAGAGACUGACACAAGUAAAGAGACAAACGUGAUGACCCAUAAUUUAAGUCUGGGAAAGUAUUGAUCAUCAUAGGUUAUGGAUGAAUUUUGAGAGAAUCAGAUAAUCUUUCUGAGUUGUAGAUAAAAGCUAUAAUAAAUAUCAGAAAAUCUUUUUUUUUAUGUUGAUGUGUUGCAGGGAUCGAACUUUUUUUUAAUGAAGCCUUUUGUGCCUGUAAAUAUUUUUCAAUUGAUUCUGCAAAGUGAAAUGAUUGGAACUUGUUAGCUUCUCGUGUUAUCAGAAAAUUAAAGUCAUGUGCUCUGAA